AUGUUACCAGAUAUCGAAGCAAUAGGGGCUUUCUCUGACGAAGAUGGAGCCGGCGCGGUGGCAGUCCCUGUCUCGGUACCAGAAGAAUCAAUAGCCUUUGCUGGAGAAGAAGUUUCCACAUGUGUUUCUGGAGCACUUUCAGAUGAAGACUUCGGAGCUGGAGCGGUCUCUGAGGGUACAGGUCCAGCCGUGGAUGCCUCCGGUGUCUCACGGGGAACCUCAGAUGAAGAAGUAGGUUGUGCAGAGGGCUCUGGAGAAGGCUCUGGAGAAGGCUCUGGUGAAGGCUCUGGUGAAGGCUCUGGUGAAGGCUCUGGUGAAGGCUCUGGUGAAGGCUCUGGAGAGGGUUCUGGAGAGGGUUCUGGAGAAGGCUCUGGCGAAGGUUCUGGAGAAGGUUCUGGAGAAGGCUCUGGCGAAGGUUCUGGUGAAGCAGUCUGCGCAGAAGUCGCUGCAGGUGAAGGUUCAGGCUGCACUGUCGGAGUUGAUUCCGACGGAGUAGAUACCGCUGGUUGUUGUGUAGGUUUGGACAGUGCAGGUUCAUCAUCUUGA